AGGAAAGAAAAAGAAAAGGAAAAAUGAGAUUAGUGUACAGAAGGGUGGCUGUUUGCUUACCCAGGUGUGCUCUGAAGGCCAAACCCCUACAUCAGCAAUUAGUGGGAACCCUUGAGGUCCCCUACCUCUUAGAAAGCAUAAUAGAACCAGAUAGCAUGGGGAGUGUGUGUGCGCGCAUGCACACACACACGCACACACGCCCACACUUCAUAUGAUCCGAUCUACAGGUCUCCCUAGGAAAGGAGUUUCUGUGGGUGAGAGAAUGAGGCCAGGUGAAAUUCCAAGGAGGCUGUAAUUUUAGCAGACCUACCAAGAACAUUGAUGUAGGAGGCUUGCUAUUUUCAGUCUCGGAAGCCUCCUUAUUUUUUUUUUUGGAAAGUGUGUGAAUAAUUGUAAUGCUUCUCUGCUUCCAAAACUGGACAGUGAGUUAAACAGCAGCAGUAGCAGCAGCAGAAACAACAACAACAACAUCAAAGCUCUUAUCCUGACCGCCAUGGAGUUUCUUGAAAGAACGUAUCUUGUGAAUGACAAAGCCACCAAGAUGUAUGCCUUCACACUAGACAGUGUGGAACUCCAGCAGAAACCCUUGAAUAAAGAUCAAUGUCCUGGAGAGAAGCCAGAGGAGCCGGAGUUGGGAGCCAUCUAUCACUGCCACAGCAACUCCAAGGCCACAGAGAACAGGGCAGACGAGCACGUCUAUGCCAAGUGGAAACUCUGCGCUGCUUCGGGAAUAUGCUUUGUUUUCAUGAUUGCAGAGGUUGUGGGUGGGCACAUUGCUGGGAGUCUUGCUGUCAUCACAGACGCUGCCCACCUCUUAAUUGAUCUGACCAGUUUCCUGCUAAGUCUCUUCUCCUUGUGGUUGUCAUCGAAGCCCCCCUCCAAGCGGCUAACAUUUGGAUGGCAUCGAGCAGAGAUCCUUGGUGCCCUGCUGUCCAUCCUAUGCAUCUGGGUGGUGACUGGUGUGUUGGUGUACCUGGCAUUUGAGCGCCUGCUGUACCCCAAUUACCAGAUCCAGGCCACCAUGAUGAUCAUCGUGUCAGGUUGUGCAGUGGCAGCCAACAUUAUGCUAAGUGUAAUUUUGCACCAGAGACACCCUGGCCACAAUCACCAGGGACUGCAAGCUAAUGCCAGUGUCAGAGCGGCUUUUGUGCAUGCCCUUGGAGAUCUAUUUCAGAGCAUCAGUGUGCUAACCAGUGCACUUAUUAUCUACUUUAAGCCAGACUAUAAAAUGGCUGACCCAAUCUGCACGUUUGUCUUUUCCAUCCUGGUUUUGGCCAGCACCAUCACUGUCUUAAAGGACUUCUCCGUCUUACUCAUGGAAGGUGUGCCAAAGAACCUGAAUUACGACAGUGUGAAAGAGCUCAUCUUAGCAGUGGAUGGGGUGGUGUCUGUGCACAGCUUGCACAUUUGGUCUCUAACAAUGAACCAAGUGAUUCUCUCGGCUCAUGUUGCUGCAGCCAGCCAGGACAGCCAGGUCGUUCGGAGGGAGAUUGCUAAAGUCCUCAGCAAUAGCUUUAUUGUGCACUCACUCACCAUUCAGAUGGAAUCUCCAGCCGACCAGGACCCUGACUGCCUUUUCUGUGAAGACCCCCGGGAUUAGCUGAGUCACAUUGUCAGCUUCCAAAGUUUGACAGGCCACUCCAUGUUGCUCUGCAGUUUCUGCCACAUGAGAAAUAAGGAACAACAGGAAGAAGUUUGAGACAUUCGUGAUACAGUACAAUGCACAUAUUAUCCUUCUUUAUUUAGCUCCAUCCGCCAUGAAUGAAGAUGUACUCAGAUUCAUCAAUCAGUUGGGUUAUCAACUCAUCAGUAGCUGUGUUCAAAGUCAGGAGCAUGUGUAUAGGUUAUUCCAGACUGGGGCUGAAACAACAGUUGUUUGUAACCAUAGGCAAUAAAAAUCUCAUCUUCCUUCAAUAAUACAUCCUGAGUAUGAGUAGGUAAAGUUAAACUCAGGAAAGUCUUAUCAGGAAUUGGUGGCAAGGAAAAGAAUCACAUAAUUUUCCUAAAACACAUGAAGCAAAAUUAUGAAGAGCCAAGUCAGGGGUAAAAGAGAAUCUGGAGGCCUAAUACCCCAUCAUAACUUGACUUUCCCACCAAACUUUAUUAUUAUUUGGGGCAAUAUCUUUUGACUCCCUGUCUAUCUACAUGACUAUUCACUAAAUGGGGUAGAAAUGCCCUCUUUCCAUCUUGCUUACAAAUUAUGUUCUAAAAUGUCUGAAGCUAUGGAAUGAUAUUUUACUUUUCUGUAUAAAAGGCCUAGACAAAUAAAAAAUUAUGAAAUUGCUGCUUUUCGAGUCUUUUCUUAUGGUGUGACCUAAUAAUAAAAGAAAAUGAGGAGGUACAGAGAGGCAGAGUUCUCAUCCAAGGUCACAUGGAAAAUAAUUUUGUCAAAGAAUUAUGAUAAGAACUCUCAGGUCUUGAAUAACAUUUAUGGAAUACCAACUUUUGGCCAAGUAUUGUACGGGGCUAUUCAGAUAUAUCACCUCAUUUCAUUCUAAUGAUAACUUUGGGAAGUUGGAAUUAAUACCAUCAUUAUAUAGAUAAGGACAUAAGGUUCAUAGAGGUUAAGUAAC